AUGCAUACCGUGAAUCAAAUCGAGGAGACAUGCGACGGGAUGGCUAAUUUUCAAGACGAUUCACAGUGCGAGGGCGUCGCGAUCGAUUUGUGGAUGGCCUCCUCCGAGGUGGACCAGAAAGCCUUGGGCAAUUUCGCGGCCGGGACGGCCCUGGAAAACCCAUACUUGUCGGCGAUGCUCUACCGGGUGCUUGGAGUGUCGGUGAUGCUUUCCAAAAAGCUGAUACGAGCUCGGCGGUUAAGACGACUGGAUACCACACGGGAGACCAAGUCGCUCCAACUUUAUCAUCACAUCAUUUGGCUCGCCCGGGAAGGUCUGAUCAUCCUAGAGCAUUACGUGCUACCCUUGGUGACGUCCUUCGUCGAGUUGAAAGUGCUCUCGUAUAAGCUUCGCGCCUCUUUCUACCACAUCUUUGUUCUCUUCUAUAAUCGGCCAGUGAUCAUACCACCCGACGCCGACCCACCGGCUGAGUUGAAGCGCGACUCGAUCUAUAAUCCGGACUUGCUGACCGCACUGGAAGCAUCGAACAUCAAAUCCAACCGAAAAACCACGCGGCCGCCAGGGCUCGCGCCUGUCCAGCCCCCUCAGACCGCUUCAGCCUUUCUGCUUCCUCCCCUGGAUUAUACCAGCACCGCGACCGCCUGCUUCAACUACGCCUCUAUGCUCGCCGACAAACUGCUGCCGGGCUCGCAUCCUCUGCGUCUCUCUGUCAAAAUGGAAUACGCGGCCUAUCUCUACGACUGUCUGCAGGAUCCGGUCUCCUCCCGGCGGCUUGCCAAGCGGGCCAUUGCAGAUGUGUACAAUGCCCAGGAGGGCAUGGAUGACGAGAGCUUUGAAGAUGCCGCCGAGAUUGUCGGGAUAUUGGGCAAGAUGGUCAAACGCGGCGGGAAACCCGGGAGCAGCACGGCUGCCAGCAGCGUCUCCCGAGGCGAACAGUCGCGAAGUCAGAGUCGGAGCAGUCGCAGUCCAUCGCAUUUCGAUAUCAGUGCACCUACCACGGUCUCCCCGGUGCCAGUGACCAAGAAUACCCCCGACGCUUCACGAGUUGCCGUUGCUGAACCUGCAAUGCCAGGUACGACCAUGAUGAAUCCGAUUUGA